AUGGCCAGCUUACUUGGCCAUUUACAUUUAUGGUCAUUAAAAAAGUUUGCCGUCGGUACAGGUAGGUGGAAAAUUCUGUCAAGUUAUGCACUGUAUGUGGGGUCUGGAAAACGAACAUCCAGAAAGCGUAGAUCUCGUGGAUCAUAUAUAGAUAGACCUCGUAUAUAGAUCAUAGAUGGCUAAGAAUUCGUAUGUCUACCGCGUAGAUCGACUUUCCCUCAUAUGUGAGCCAGGUUGCGUGCCAAGCGAGUCAUUCGAGCCAGGGUGCGAUCCAGAAAAGGUAUUCAAAACAUUUACAAGGCCGUAUAACCCCGCCGUUUUCCUUAUUUCAAGUCAAGAACUCGCAAAAAAUGUAAUCUGAUGCAUCAGUUGCGAAGUCACACCACUUCCCAUUUUUAACGCAAAACAGUCAUUUCCGUUUCCUUUUAGCCAAGCGGGAAACGUGCAAGGUCCUCACAUCUCCCUCCAAGCCUUAACGUCUUUGCGCCUGUUCGCUGUGGGCUCCUUGCCUAUCUAACUUUUUCUAACCUUCAUUUGGCUGAAAGGAAACGGCAACAACUACCACGCAGGCUAAUGCGAAACGCAAAUGAAGACACUGCAAGCAAGACAAGUCCACCUAUUUCGGUUGGCCGUUUUGUGAUCCGAAAAGCUUGCUUCGCUUGUUUUGUAACUUUUCUGCUCAUAAACUUGUGAGGUUGACUUGUCGCAAGUCUAGAUUUCUGGCUACAGACAGAGCAUUCAUGAAAUUGUAAAUAUCAUGCGAUUUGUUCAUUUCAAUGAGGCUUCAAAAACAGGCUUCAAAAUUAGCAGUCUUCAUUUCUGGCAACUAUUUUGUACCACAACAAUUUUUUAUGGUUGACAGGGUCACAUGAACGUUUUAUGCAACGGAGCCUAUUGUGGAUCAACUCUGCAUCAGCCCCCACAGGCCGUAUUCACCCAGAUAAAUUCAUUUCAUUUCAAAAAAUCAACUUUUUACUCAUCCAUGUCCCUUUUCUUAUUUUGGAGAGAAAAUUAAUCAAGAGGGUAUUCAAAGGUGUUUUUCUGGCUUGUAAGUAAAUUACCAUAAAAUGACAUCAUACUUUAUUGCCUCUUUGUCCAGCACUGGGGGUGCGCAACCAUUGGCAAAAGGGACAAAAUGCAUGUAUUUAUUAGCACCAUAUCAAAGAAAUGAGCACUCAUAACCCCCAUUUUUUUAUCUUCCUGACCUGCUAAAAAAGUGUGCCAAGUUUGCAGAUGACUAGCAGGCUUCUCGAUUUCUGUUGUUUUGCUUUUUUUUGUUCAGAAUCAUAAGUGAGGUCUUCACUUUCGAGGUCUUCGCUUUUGAGGUCUUCGUUUUUUAGGUCUUCACUUUGUAGGUCUUCAUUUUCUAGGUCUUCAUUUUCUAAGUCUUCAUUUUAUGUAAGUUUGUAAGGCGCUUAGUGAAGGAACAAGUUGUGCGAUUCAGGAAAGAAAUCAGUGCAAUUUACCCAGCAUCUGUAGGGAUAAUAUUUUGUGACAGGGAAAUCUUUGUGACUGGCUGAAGGCUAAUAAACUAUCACUUGAAAUUAAGAAACCAAACUCUGUUAUUUUUCAACCUCCUCAAAAAUCUUUACCAUUUAUUCCUCCUAAUGGUGUUCUUGAUUAUGAAAUGAAUUCACACAAACCUUUCAAGAUGAAAGAAUAUGUUAAAUACCUAGGAGUUUAUAUUGAUGCUGAUCUUUCCUGGAAACACCAUAUUGAGCACAUACAGUAUCCAGAAAAAUCAUUAAAUGCAUUGGUCUUAUAGCAAGUUAAGAUGUUUUGUUCCUCGUCAAACUCUAUUGAGUAUUUUCAGUCCCUAAUUUCACUUACAAUGUUCAAAAUAACGGACAGCAGGUCACCGGUCAUGAUGACCGGCCACAUAUUUUUUAGCCCGGACAAACCGCAAUUUUGGCUGGUCAAAUAAACAAAUAAUAAUUUUUUUUGCCUAUGGAAUAUUGAAUUAUGCUGGCAAUAGAUCGUUGUACUGCAUUGACAUUCAGGUUUUUGGCGGCAAGUUGGUGAAAAAUUCAUUCACAUGUUGUGUCCUCCUUUCCGCAUUUUUCGCCCAUUUUCAUGCCUGUUUAUAUAUACCUUGAGUUUCAUCGUACAGCGGUGUCUGCCCAAGGUUCAUCCUAUAUCUGCAUAUCCGUGAAAGUUGAUCCUUUCGUUUUCGAAAGUCUCCUCCACAAGGAGAAAACGUUGCUAAAUAUUCUGGCAAAGAAGUUGAUUUGGGGAGAAUUUGUUCCACAAACAGCGUAUUUGUAAUCAGGAGUCAAUAAAUAUACAGCAGAGCUUCUGUUUGGGUCAUCACACAACACUUUAUUGCGAAGGGCUUAUUAACGUCAACAGAAAUUUGGAUAAAUCUCUUUACAAGAAGGAGGAUUUUAAGCGCCGAGAUAGGCAACGUUCGUUCUCGAUUAGCUUAGUUUUUAUCAGACAAUUCUGGAAUCGAGUCCACAAACGAGAUUCAUGUUCGACAUAAAGAAAGUUUUAUACAGUAAUUAAUCAAUGCACUGAAAUUUAUUCCCGGAGAAACAGUACGGGACGAGCGAUCGAUCAAUUAGUCUGGAUUCUGUGGAAGGUGAUUUUCACAAUCCUCUUACAAGUAGAUGUGAAACGUUUGAAGGAUGGACAAAAAUUGUUAGCUAUCCUUUAGUUUUCGAACAAAUAAUGGAUUAUCAUUAGUGUAUGUUUUCCCAAAGAAGGUCACAUUACUCAUCACAGCAAAGCAGAACAUACAGUAACGAGUUCAGCGUGCAAAGAAAGUAGUGUCCGAUAGCCAGGGGCUAGUGGAAUUGGCUAUCGGGCUAGUAAAUUCUGUUAUUAACUUGCCCGACGAGCAAGUGAUCUUUUUUUGAGGAAAUCGAAUAACAGAAGAACUGUGAAAUCAAUUCUGCUCUUCAAAAAGCUUUUGGGGCUAGCUGAAAUGACGUCUGGGCUAGUAAAUGUUAGCUUCAGCUUGCCUGAAUGGCAAGCUGUAAAAAUGAUUUUCUUUGCACCCUGGAGCGGCUGCAUCGUUGCGACAACUUAGUUUGUUGUUGUUUCACUUCAGGUUGUGUUUCAUUACGACAUGAAAUUUAUUGUGGCAUUCUUUUUCUUUAAGGGUUUAGUGCAAAGCAGCAAAAAAAGCCAAAGAAAAAAGAAAUUAUUGCAGUGUUAUAGAGCAAAAUGCAUUAAGUGACAACUAUAUGGAAAAUAUUAUAAAAUGUUCGCAUCCAAAAAUGGCCGGUCAAAACGGACGGCAAGACAAGAGUUUGACCGGCCCAUUCCCUUCUUGCAGCAAACAAGGUCUCUACCAUUAACCUUUUUUGUAUUUUCAACGCCUCUCGUUGUUGAUGUGUGAUGUUUAUCACCAAGCUGUUCCAAGUAAUCUAAGAGGCAAAUUCAGGCUUAUGACUGAUGUACAUACUAGCUAUAGAACCAGUUCUGCAUCAAACCAACAAUUAUUAUGUUGAGUACUCUCGGACAGGAAAAAUGGAAAAAUCAUUUGCGAGAACUGGUGCUCUGAUAUGGAAUGGUCUACCCAAAUCUCUUAAGUCGUUGAGGAAAUCUUAAUUUAAAUCGAAAAUAAAACAAAUUCUCCUGGAGUUUCUUCAGAAUUGAAAACAGCUGACUUCAGUGAUGUUCCCCAAAAUUAAUACUUUGUGAUAUUAAGCAAAUGAAAAUGUUAUAAUAUCUUACAUAUUUCAUUUAUUUCCUUGUCUGCCACCAAUAGUAAUGAUAAUAAUGUAACUCUACACAUCAGCUUCUGUAUUGUUAUGUUGACAAAUUUUCAUUAUUUUUUAAUAUGAUUACUUUUCCCUGCAUCGAAUAACGUUCCUUUGCUAAUUUGCAGGGCAACCAUAUUUAGGUUCAAAAUAUGUGUGAAUAAAAGUUUCUGUUGUUGUUGUUGUUUAUUAAACUGGAUCCGCUUGUUGUCACCCAGCACUUCUCUAUAUGGGCUUAAGUCAGUCAGCCCAGCUUAGUAUGUCGCUGCUGCAGGUAGUAUCAAAGAGAAAAUAAUAAUCUAUGUUCCUGCACUCAGUUCAGCAGUGAAUUUUUCACGAUAACUUCUAAGUAUUUGCCAUAUUGAUAUAUGUUUGAAUGAAUAACGUUGCUAUGAAGACAUGUAUAAUAUAAUAUAGAAAUUUCAAACGUUAUAAGUAACCAUUUUCAUCACACAGUCAUAUUGUUGAUGUGGACCCUAACGCUUCAGUAUUAUAGUGGAGUUUAAAUGAUGAGUGGGUCACUUUUUGGUGGCCUACGAAACGAGCUUGUACACCCAUGCACUCAGGAUUUGAGUGGUUCACCUACUCAUUACUGGUCUAUUCCGCUCCUUCACUGCAAGUGGAGCACUAUCUUGGCUUUGCUGUUGAACAUCUAACUGAAUUAAUAUAUAUAUAUAUAUAUAUAUAAUAAAUUAUAUAUAAUUUAAGAAAACUGGACUAACUUCACUUCUCGUCCCCACACAAAUAUAGUGCAGUGCAGGCCAGAAUUAAGCAGACAACACAGACGUGACCGCAGACACAUGGAAGUGAUUGUAGUAAACAAACUUUUGAUCAAACUUUUUUACCAGGCAUGAGAAAUUGGAACACAAGCAUGAGUAGGCAUGAGAUCAAAGUUUUUUAUCCACAGGCACGUCAAUCACACUUUAGGCAUGACAACUGGGCAGGUAUACUACAUUUAGCAUGAUAACAUACAUGUAGCAGGAAAUCACAUUCAGAUACAUGCACUUUGGAGAAACCAAAGAAACUAAAAUCUCUAUAUUUACAUUGUAGCAGCAAGAAAAAGCUAAAGAAAAGAGGUCAAAGAAAUUUAGUGCUUAACAACUGCUUCUUAGAUGAAAUUAAUCCUGUGUAAACCACACCAGAAACCACAAAACAAUGCCUCAUGACUUAUGAGACUCAUUAGAGCAGCCAAAUUAAGAUUUGCUUUGUAAAAAAUUAAAAUACUCCAUACACUGCAUAACCUACACUUACGUGCUAAAAAGAAAAAAUGGAAAACCAUUUGUUUUGAAGGAUACUGUAAGGCAGUUACAUUUCACACUCACGAGCUUUAUGACUCACACUUAGCCUGUCAACACUUUAUUUCAAACUUAAUUUCCUUUGUGAGUCUCUCAAAACUGAUUUUUAUUUUGCAUUAAGAGAGGAUAAACCCUCUUUAUCCUCUGCGGGAAAACUGAUACAUGUUGGGUUGUUGGGUUUUUUAAUACUGAUGUAGCAAAGACCUCAAUAAGCAAUUUUCAUCGAGUCAGAGCCGCUUUCUCUAGGGAACUCCCAAAAGCCAGGACCGUUUUGGUCAUCGGCAGCUACUGUGGCCAGAUUUUUUCUUUUCAUCAUAUUCAGACAAAAAGGACAAAAAGUACAGUAUUUACACCACAUUUCUUAAAUCAAGGUCUACAAUAUUAUGAUAAAUCAGUUUGAAAUAAAAUUAAUGAGAGAGUCAUAAUUUUCUGUACGCUGUAGAUAACCAAGCUGUACCAAGUUUUUCCUAAUGAUCCUCAAAUUAAUACUGCAUUUGUCUUUUUUCAAGGGCGGCACAUAUUGGUAAAGGUUUUAAACUAAAUGUGUGAAGUCAACUUAUGUACAGUCAUGUUCUGGAUUCUGGACAUCUCCCAUAGGCUCUGAUAUAGGAACACAUGUUUACCAUGACAAGGCUUCUGGGUCAGGUAAUAUAGCUGUACUUUCUUUGAAUUGUAAGGUUUAUAUAGGUAGUUUUGGUACACUUUGAAUCGUCACUCAUAGCAGUCAGUUAAUUAUUAAUAUAUUUAUUACUCUUAAAAUAGUGAGCACUGUGACAGCACGUACUGUGUCACAUUUAUGACCAAUGACAGGGGAUGGGCAGUUAAUAACCAUUCACUGAAAUUUGGUAGAAUUCAAGAUGAACACAACCAGGAUAUCGGUGAUGUAAUAGGCAAUCGUCAAGAGCUACACCAGACCUUGACACAUUUGUCAUGUCAUUUCAUUGGCAUAAUUAUUAAAUAAUUUAAUGUGAGAGGAAGGACACUAACGUUCACUGCUUGUGAAGAUUCGUUGUUAGAUUAGAAUUAAAUACAGGCGUUAGUCAAAAUUUGAAAGCAGUAAAUUGUUUGAUUGACAGGCUCCACUGGAGAUGAAGCCUAUUGUGAACAAAGAAAACAGUGGGGAGAGGACAGAGGAGUGUCAUGGAUACUAAAGAACCGCCGACCAGAAAAGCUAAGGGACACACUGAAGGAGUUGGAGGUGAGAAAAUUAGCAUAAGACAACGGGUGUCUCCCAUGUACAGCAUUUCAGUAUCAACUAGACAUUAAUUUUGGUCAUAAUCCAGUAAAUUUAAAAUUAAACUAGUGAUAAUAAAAUAUUAUGGAGUAUGCUCUACCAAUCUCCAUAUCAAGCUAUUUCUACUUUGGAAAGUUGGUGACCUCAUUUGCCCCUUACCAGGGGGGAUCUAUAUGAUACAUGGAAAAACAAAAGGAAAUAUCUGGGUCCCAAAAACCUAGUGAAGCCAACCAGCCUCACAAUGUAAAACCUAGGAAAAGAGACCAAACAACUGAAUCUUAGCCUGAAAGCGGAAACAGUAGUUAGCCAAGAGAUGCUGGAGCUGAUGGGACCACUGAUCACCACUAUGCAAGGAAGGCUUGUAGAGGUACCCUUGGGUUUUAAGAAAAUUGAAAGACUUAUCAAGUCCUAUACAGAGAUACGUGAUGCAAUUGGCUCCUGGUUUCAAUUUACCAUGAAAGCAGUUAGUCUAUCAGAAGUGGUAGGAGGGGCUGAAGAACGUCCACAUGUUUGCAGUAGAAAAAGAAAUUGAGAAAACUACCCAGCAGAGUCAGCUGCACAGUACUGCAAACGAACUGUGGCAAUACCUUUCCUUGACUAGCCUGCAUAGUAUGGCGGUUCUGUCAGGCAUACUACUGAGCGGUGAAGCCAUAAAAAAGGGUGCGAGAUCGAAUGAGUGGCAAAAAUAAAAACUGCCUGCCCGGAUAGGUGGUCUUUUCAACUGCUGCCCCCUUCAACUCAUUUUGACAUCCUGUUGACAACUUGUUUGGUUUCAGUUUCUCCAGCCAGUCAGAAAUAAAGUGGUGAUGAAGCUUGUACAUACAUAGUCCUUUAUUACAUGUAUUGUGUCUGGUAGUUCUAGCGCCAUCGGCACUAAUAGUGGAUGCUUCUGUAGGUGUUUCUGAUAGGAUUUGUUGAUCUCAGAAUAAAUAAACUGAUGCAGUUGUGAAGUAUUCAUUUCUUUGACCACACUUAAAGCUUUAAAUUGUUCGGCUAAAUAAAGAUUUUAGUUUCUUUGGUUUUCUCUGACUGAAAUGCCUCGAUUUGAAUAACGUUAUACCAAGGAUCCUUGAGUAGAUACAUGUAGUUUCUUCUUCAUACAUGUACAUGUAGUCCGUGAAUGUGAUAAUUUCCAGCUAUGUUUUGACGAUGGGCCUAGCUUUUGAGUGUUGUGUGCAACCUUCAGAUUUGAGUUGUAGCUUAAACUAAAGCUACACUAAGUAUAUGGAGAAUUAUGCUGUAAGUCUUUCUUCUACUGUGUGCGAUUCAUUGACCACAAUUGCUGACACUGUUCGAUGUAGUGCGUAAUUCUCUUUUAAAGCUGCAAGGAACGUCUUUUCUAACACAGAGCGAUAGAGAAAAUUGAGGUUGACUUUCUCGAAGUAAAUUUACUGUUCUGUUCUUAACAACAGGCUUCCCAACAGUACACAAAUAACAACUAACAACAUUUCUGGUUUGUUGUGCCGUAGUAGGCCACUACAAAACAUACAAAAAAUCUCACAAUUAAUCAACACCUAUAAUAAUGGCAAACAGAAAUCAAUUCCCUUCUAAUGCUACGCAACCGAAGAGAAUUUUCAAUUUCUGUCAUAAAUAAGCUCCAUUGCCUUACAGCUCAGCGGCAACAUUUUGGAAAUAGGGUCGUCCAUAAUACUAUUUAGAGGCAAAAUUAAAAUCACUCAUGUUUUCAAUGAGGACAUUUCUUCUUUGGCCAGAGCAAAAACAGUAAUGAUCAUGCUCUUGCCAAAACCUGUUGACAAAAUUGCCAUAACAUCUCUCCCAUGAAGAAGGUUGUAGGUGGCACAAUAAUUGCCCUGUUUUCCGGAAUGAUGCUGAAUGAUGGCACUUGGAACUCUCCUAUGGAAGAUUACCAAGUAUUUGAUUGAGGGGUGUAUAUUUUGAUCCAAUAGGCACUAUUCGUACGCCAGCAUACAGACUCCUUAAAAAGCCUGCCAGUCUGAGCGAGGGGGUUUCUUGUUGCUUCUGCCGUAAUCUCCUCACAGUUUCACUGCCCCUACCGUCAUGCUACGCAGGCUAUUCCUUGACACGAUCUGCUCAGAACUUAAAAUUCGCUUCAACAAAGAAAAGAGGGAGGAAUAUGAGCUCUGUGCUCUUGACUUAUUUGUCAAGUAACCAGUUGCAAUUCAAGUCUGGAGAGGCUACAGAAGAACUUGCUCAAGCACUGUGUGAGAACUGGGGCCAUCUGAUACCAAUAAAGUCAUCUUUCGAAAGUGACCUGUUUUGAUACUUACGAACCACUAGAAGUGACAGGCAGAGUCAGAUUAUGAAUCCAUCUUGGUCUCCUCACUAUUAGCGAAAUAUGCAGACAACAUCUUCCCAAACGUGAGGGAACUUCUAAAACGUUUAGCCUUUUUGCCUAUGGGGAGCUUGGAGAUCCAUCAAGGCUGUGCUCUAAGGAAAAUUGAAGGGAGCCCAGUGCUCUGAAACUGUAAAAUCUAGGGUGUCCAGCAUAUGAUUUGUAUGAAAAAUUUGAGAUUUUCUAGUCGCCCGAGGGCAAAAGUUAGGCACCAGGGGCCACCAGGCUCUGCUAGAGCACAGCCCUGUCCAUACUUGGCUCUGCAACACAAUGACCACCGAAUGACUCUCAGAUUUGGCUGUCAUCACCAUGCAUGCAAACGCAGUUACCAUCAAUAGAAAUAUUGUGUGCAAAAAAUUUGUGAUGCUUCACCCUAGCCAAAUGACGGCGUCUUCAUUUUUUGUUGAAGAGGUUAUUAAGGUAUUUCUAUUAGCUUUAUUUCUUCUGCUUUGUGGUGUUUCAAAGUUUUGCAGUCUGUAUGCUGUCUCCAAUAGAGAGGAGAAGUGUGACAUCAUGUUACCAUAGUAGCACUAUUUCUGGAUGACAACAAAACCAACGACGACAGCAACAGCAAAGAGAAUGGAAAAAAAUAAUAUAUUUAUUUUAACAAACCACAAUAUUAUUUUGCACGUGCAUAAUGCUAUUUUGUACAUUUCUUUGCUGUUGUUGCACCACUACAAUGUGAAACUUUAAUAAAAACUUAAAGAUUUUCGGCAUUCUGCCUAUGGGGAGCUUGGAGAUCCACACUUGGCUCUGCAACACAAUGACCACUGAAUGACUCGCAGAUUUGGCUGUCAUCACCAUGCAUGUAAAUGCAGUCACCAUCGAUAGAAAUAUUGUUUGCAAGAAGUUUGUGGCGCUGCACCUUAGGUAGACAAAUGACGGCGUCUUCAUUUUUAUCGAAGAAGGUUAUUAAGUAAGGUAUUUUGUAUAAGCUUUAUUUCUUCUACUUUAUGGCAUUUCAAAGUUUUUCAGUGUGUAUGCAGUCUCCAAUAGAGAGGAGAAGUGUGACGUCAUGUUGCCAUAGUAGCACUAUUUCUGGAUGACAACAUAACCAACGACAACAGCGACAGCAAAGAGAAUGGCAAAAAAUAAUGUAUUUAUAUAAACAAACCACAAUUUUGCAUGUGCAUCACGCUAUUUUGUACAUUUCUUUGCCGUUAUUGCACCACUACGAGAUGAAACUUCCUAAUUUCAUGAGCCCACUUUAUGGAGUACAUGCAGGUGAACACAACACAAAAAUUGUUGCUUUCUUUUUUUGAGCUGUUUUGAAAAAAUAGCUCAUAUGUCAGUGGUGUGAGCGUAUGUAUCUUUGUGGCUUUGUAACUUUGUGGCUUUGUAUGUUGGGAUGUUUGUUGCAAGAGCCAAUAAGGUUGAAGGUACUAUGAGUUGAUGCUUAGGAACCAAUGAGAUCUUGGCAUCUAUUUAAACAUGACAUUGGUAAAGGUCGAACAAGGGCACUUUGAGGCCGCCAUCUUGAUCCUUCACAAUUUUUUCGUCUUUUAUUACGGGUACAGGUGUUUGGAAGCAUUACAUAAAAUAUCUUCACGAUUCAAAUGCUGUGAACAGUGAUGCAGCUGUUUAAGGGUUCAUAUUUAAGUGUGGAUGCUGCUUCGAGGCAUUUCUGACCUAAUUCGGCUAUCGGUACAAAGCACGUUAGUAUGAGUUCUGUUUCACCUGCUACAACUGGGUAGAGUAUAAAAGAUCAUAUAUUUUCAAAUCUCUUCAAAUGAAGCAAUAAUUGAUAUUUAGAUAUAGACUUUAAUUCGAAAGUAUGUGCCCUAUAAAAUGUGGUUUUAGAAGUUUAAAAGGCAGCUUAUUUUUUUGAAAGCUGUAUCGAGUAUUGUUAAUCCUGUAAACAAGCUUUAAAAAUAUUAUUCUCUCGCUUACAAAGUUCAACCGACCUUUUUCGUUCUAUUUAGUGAAGAUGCGUAACUUAAGUAGAAACAGUAGCAUUAGGGAAUAAAAUUGGAAGAAGCUAGUUGACACAAUAAUUAGAUACUGUUAUAUUGAGUGGAGUUACAUGAUAUAAGUAGAAAUAUAUUUCGGCAGUUUGAUAAUUUUCUUGGAGUUAAUAAAUUUUAGGCUAUCAACCUUGACAUUGCAUGAAACAUAAUUUAAUUGCAGAUGUUGUAAUAAAGCCGAGGUGAUUUGCUGAAAUCGUUUGAGAAAAUUUUGCAGUAAAACAAUUUGCCUCUUUUUUACGUACGAAUUGUGAAAGGGCCAAAGACCAACAUCUUCACAUGUAAAUUGUGUGCAUGAGUUAUUUUUAUAAUUCUGUUUACUAGAUUACUGUGUGAUAACUCGAAUUCCCUAACGUACGAACCACGAAAGGGGGCAAAGUCCAAUACUUUCACGUGCCAGCUGUGUGACUGUACAUCUCAAGUAGAUUGGCUUUUCACAAUAAUAAUAGUAACUUGGACGUAUGAAGACCUGUUCCGUUUAGUAACCAAUGGCUUAAAAAAGGCUCUUGUCUUUUAAGAAGCAAUGGCUUUUAAAACAUAACAAAAUAAGUUGUCGGACUUAAAGACUGUUUCACAAAUGUUAAUAAAUGUUAGGUUAUCAACCUUGACGUUGCAUGAAACAUAAUUUAAUUGCAGAUGUUAUAAUGAAGCCGAGGUGAUUUCUUAAAAUCGUUUGAGAAAAUUUUGUAGUAAACAAUUUGCCUUUUUUUUACGUACAAAUUGUAAAAGGGUGAAAGACCAACAUCUUCACGUGCAAAUUGGGUGCGUGAGUUAUUUUUAUAAUUCUGUGUACUAGUUUACUGUGUGAUAACUCAAAUUCCCUCAUGUAUGAACAACGAAAGGGGGCAAAGUCCAACACUUUCACGUGCCAGCUGUGUGACUGUACAUCUCAUGCAGAUUGGCUUUUCACAAUGAUAAAUGGUAACUUGGACGUAUGAAGACCUGUUUCGUUUUGUAACCAAUGCCUUAAAAAAGGCUCUUGUCUUUUGAGAAGCAAUAGCUUUUAAAACAUGAAGAAAUAAGUUGUCGGAGUUAAAGACUGUUUCACUGAGUAUAACCGCACGUGAAAACCUCGUGAAUUACGAUGAUGCAACCAUCUACCACAAUGAUAAAAAUACUGGUAUUUCGUAACUAUUCAGUAUUCGAUGAGUCACAUUUUGGCUUAAGAAACUCCAAGGAAACCUUAGAGUUUUCCUUCUAAUCAACGUUUGGUGAGUAGAAAUUUAUUUCACUUUAAUGAUUUGUUUAACCUGCACCAGAUGUAACAGGGAAAGACAGAGGAAAGUGAAUAUAUAGCUUGAGGAUCAACUCAUCUGAGCGUUUCGCGUUUUCAUUUAUGUACCACAAUAUGCAAUUUCGCACAAAAACCCAACCUACAUUUAGGAUGAAAGAGGUAGAUUCAUCACUCUUGGUAAGGUUACACCGAAGCAUUAGAGUUAUACACUGAAGCAUUCAAAAUAGCUCAUGCACAUUUAACGUGCCUAUGUUCUAAAGUUAGAUAACGAUAGAUACAGUCCCAAAGAAAAUUUUGCCAAGAUUUUUCAAAUUAAAUGAAAUUGAAUAAGAAUGGUGAAGCUUUAAAUAUAGUGCAAAUAGACUUUCAAGUGACUUUAUCGGUUUGUUGUUAUCCAAAAAUUUUGCUACCAUGGCAACAUGAUGUACCAACUUCUCCUCUCUAUUUCUCCUUCCUAAAUCGCCAUGUUUUGGGACAAACGUAGGACAACUUAAAAUAAAUUAAUGUAUAGUUUGGUGGAUGAUUGGUAUCUGCGACCCCCCAUUGAAAAAUCCUGGAUCCACCCCUGCUUUAAUACAUGACCAAAGAUCCAAUUUUAAUAACAUUUCCCCAUGCAGUCACACACUGAUCUGAUUAAGGAGUACAUUAGUUUUUAAUUAUAACAUUGAACACAAUGACAUUAAUUCUGAAGAAUGCUCUUGAUACUUCUUCCAGAAUUGAGGGUUUAAAAAGCAAACAUUUCCUUUCUCCCAACCCCCUUGAUCUCUUUUUUGCUCUCAUUUCAACUUUCUCAAUGAAUUUGGCAGACACUAAGUGUCAUAAUAAGUCUUAUUAUGCAAGCUAAUUAAAAUUGGUUGGAUUGGUGUUGAGCAAAAUGAUAUUAAAUAAAUUUUGGUGAGGAAGAUAACUGUGUUGAGCAAACCAUUAAGGGUUAUAAAGGGAAUUGCACAAACCAAACACUGGUUUAGUUGCUCUAGAUUACCAUAACAUUUUGCUUCGUACUCUAGACUUGUCUUUCUUUCGUUCCUCUGAAAUUUGGAAACAGUGUUUCUUUUCACUUACAUUGUAAAAGUUUCUGUGCUAACAAAGACUUCUACAAAUCAGGAAGCAGAAUAAUUUGAGAAUGUAAUCUCACCAUGACUUUCAAUUUUAGGACAUGCUUCAGAACUGUAAGGUUGUUGACAUGAGAUGGAGGACUUUAAGGAAUAUUCAGGUAAUUGUGAUUAUUUAAUGAUAAUAAUUAUUUUGUUUAUUAGCUUUAAAUGAUGUAUAGUAUUUUUGCCAUUUGUCUGUUAAUCCUUUUAGUCCCAAACAUGACCAACAUCAAUGUUCCCUGAUAGCAAUAUCGAUACCUAACCAAGAUAUUAUUGUAAGAAUUAAUAAAAUGAUCACCAAGAAAUGCUUUGAUCUCUUAUCAAAUUCUCUGUACUUAUACUGAAAGGAAAUGUAGAGAGUUCAGUCUGGAGAAUUGGUGUAUGGAUACUAGAGCUUAACAAUUAGCCUUUAAUUUUUUUUCACUUUUUUAAAUAGCUGCUUUUAACCAAUGGAGCUGUUGUGUCUGUUCUUGUGUCUUUGAACUCUGGAGAUAUUGAAAAAAUAUCAGUUGAUAAAAGCUUGGCAGGGAAGAUUCCUGAACAAAUUAGCCAAGGUAUGAUAUGAUAUAAUAUGAGCGAUGGAAAGUAGUGUUGUGGGUCAAAAUUUGAGCAAAAAAUUAUAGAAUUGACCACAUUAUAAAACGUUUUCAUGAAGAGAAUUUUCCAUAAUACCAGGACUGUUUAAUUGGAAAAAUCUGCUUGUGUGAUAUCCAGGGUAAUAAUAAUGGGCUCUUAGUGAAAAUGAUCAAAAAAUUUCCAAAGUCACCUAUAUGGCCAGGCGGACGGGUUCUCACUUUUGUCAAGCACCAAAUUUGCGGUCCGAGCUGUCAGAGCCGUUUGAAUGAACAUUAAUAGAGUUAAGCUACAACAUGAUAGAGAACUUAUUAUGUUUAGGUUUUAUUUCCCUUUAUUUGUGGUUUUGUUAUGUGAUAUUUACGCACAGCAUUUUGAGUACUCCUGCGGGCAAUGUUUUUGUUAUAUGUUCGACUGAAAAUAACCUGUGCAGCGAUUAAAUUGAGAAAAAAGAGAGUACUAACAAUCAGUAAAAUAAACAUUACUCAGUGAAACAUGUACGGAGACAACAAUUUUCAUUCACAACGAUAAGUUUUGAGAGUGUCUCUGAAAAUCAUGAAUCAGGUAAGCAUAAGCUCAUAAACUUCAAAAACCUUGCAGAUUUAAGCUGGCUUCCCUGUGUUUACUUCAAGAUGAACCACGAGGCAAGAAUAUCACUCAGAGCUUUCUUUUUACAGCCAAAAGCAUAACUAAAUAUUUUGUAUUCCUCGGAACAUUUUCUCUGUAAACUUAAGUCAAACCUGAUGCUAUUGUAGGUCAGAUCAUUGUUUUGUGCAUAAACUAGGCGCAGAAACUAUGCUCGACUUUAGGAAACCAGAUAAAAAACACAUCAAAUACAGUGAUAACUCAGGCUUUCCAUGCCAGUCAAGAUGCAGCUCCUGUAGGCCAUCAGAAUCGCUUGAGACUUUUUUGAAUCCUCUUUAUAUUAUUACACGUUGAGCAAGGGGAAGUGAGUAAAAGCGAUCCAUCCGAAAUCAGUUUCCCGAUGACUUUGACAAGCAGCGCAUUUCUCAACCAAAAAACCAAUUAUAAACAAACCAGCCUUGAAUAACAUAAGAAUCUUGCUAGCAACUGUAUUUCAUUUUGUGCAUCCAGUGGAAAAAGACAGUUAAAAGCUUCACAAAAAACUCUGUCAGUUUCAGCUAUCCGUAAACAAGUUUCAAGAUGCAGCAUAAAUUUUCUGCAUGAACUCACCUGUCAACUUUUGACCAAUCAGAACAUAAAAAUUGGACGUAGAGCGUGACCAAUGCGUGACCAUGGUGAGAAAGGUCAAAAGCAACUUUCCUGUCUGUAAAAGCUGGCUGAAUUCUCGUGUCCGAGGUCAGUUUGAAAUUAGAAAUUAAUGGUGCGGUUUAUAAACACAACUUCCCAUUUCCUAUACGUUAAAAAAAUUGAACUUGAGCCUGCAAUCAUUUGAAAAGUAGUAACUUGUCAGCGGAUUACUUCAAAAAACUCAAACUCAGUGGGCCGAUACCUGAGCCCACGAUACGGUCAGGUGAUGAUGGUCAGAGAAGACAAGAGAACAUGAUUAUCAAUUAAUGCAUGAAAUUGUUUUUUACUUGAGAUCAACCUGUACAAAUAUUUUGUGCAUUAAGUUUGGACCUUAUUUCUAAUCAGUUGAAAAUGUGUUGCCCGGGUUGUGGAUAUAAUUUAUAUUACCAUUGAGAAUAGGUAAGUGCUGUCAAUAGGAUGUCAAGUUGUCAGGUAUUUACAAAUAGUAGGCAGGGAAUUGAACAUGCAAACCUGCAAGGAAGUUCUUUUGUUUCAUUUUCUUUAUGUUUCUUUGAAAGUAGCAUAUUACCCAUUAUAGCAAAGUUAGCAUUAUUAUUAUUAUUAACAAUGAAUUGUCAUAUUUAUUUUCAGCAAUUCUUGCAGAUUCUUUUCUAUUGUUCUCGCUCAUGGACAGAGCCAAACUUUGCUAUGUCUACCUAAACAAGAAACCAAGCCUUGACUUUAAGAAGCUUGAUAAGCUGUCUACACUUGAGCCCAAGGUGCCAGAAAUAUGGGUUAUUUGCAUUUUAUAUGUAAUGUGUUUUAACUAUACCAUAAAUUCCACUCAUGGGCCCCCCUCCUACCCUUUCUGAUAGGCUGGAGGAGUUUGAGGUGCCACAAACUCCAUGAGCCCAUCAGAAGUUGCUUCAGGUAAAAAUUAAAGGUGAAUAUGUCUGAUACAUUUUACGCCAUGUGACAGAGUAGUUUAACCCAGGUUAAGGUUAAGAUCAAUCAUCUCUGCCUACAUGUAGGAAUUUUCAACUACAGUAUAGGCUUCACCAUGCAGACAAGUACUACUGUUUUAAAAGUUACUUCUUCCGUCUUGUGUGUUCAAGUUCAGCUUUUCUUUCUUAGCAUAAUUGAGUCUACAACACUCGUCAAAAAUCUUGAAACACUUGUGAGCGUUUCUUCUUCCCCAAUGUUGAUUUGGGUAUUACAGUCGUCUCAGUGCUCUAAAAUACACAUGGCUCAACAUUAGGGAAGGAGAGGGGCUAUCUGGGCAAGAACAAAGGUGUGAAGAGUGAAUGUAAGAAAUUUUCAAGAACAUUUAAGAGAAAAGGUUUCUGUUUCAACAAUUUGUGACAAGUAUUGUAGACUUGCACCAAGUUGCCUCUACAAUCACUAAUACGGGGGUAAAAUUUUGUCAGUAACUCUAAGACAUUAGCACACAAAGCAAUAGUUAUGAGCAACCCAAGCAAGCAAUAAGACAAAGCCACAUGACCUCAGAGGUUUUUGUGAAAUUCUAAGUUGAGUCCUGCCAUCCAUAAUAACUAACCCUAUUAACUUGCUAAGUGCAGCCACAGCCAUUAUACACUGUAGCACAGUGGUGUAUAAUUGUUAACUAGUUCUCAAUCAAUUUUUUUUUACACACACCAUUUUUUACCAACAUUUCUCUGAAAAAAAACUUUACCUGACAGUGACAUGAUCUGCAAUGACAUAAUGAACUUUAUGAAAAAUAAGCCCUUCCCUCUCCCUUUUAUACCAAGUUUUCAAUCCACAAGCAAAGAAACAGGCAUUUGAGCCCCUAGACCUGAGUUGCUUGAAGGCUGCUGGUUAGUGCAAAUUCAGGAGGGUUAGUUACCAUGGUAACUCAUAUUUUCUGAUUGCGGUUAACUUUAUUAGGAUUAGCAGUAACUUGGCUUCAAAGUAACAACUCUCCCAAGAGGGAACACCGUAACACACAUGAUAUAACAGCAUGGGAUAAAGCUAGUUUAAUAUAAUUUUAAAAGGCAAUGAAAAUCAGCUGUUCACCGUCAUACAAGACCAAGGCUGUACAACAAUAAUAAUUUGAAAGGAAGAGAAAUCACACAGUAGAAAGCUUAGAAAAAUUUCUAAGCUCCAGAAGAAAUUCAAGCCCAUGACCUUCCAGUUUCUAGAUUAAUUGGAUGCUCUACCACUGAGCUACUGGGGGCUCUACAUUAUGUGUAUUUUAAAACCACAGUACUUGUACUACGGUCUUAUUUCCAUUUACUUUUCACCAGACCUCAUACGUUGAUGUCCCUGGACCAUCAAUUAAAAGACUUCAGAGACAUUUGUCCGUCAAUUCAAGACAAGAUAUGGUAAGAUUUUGUGUUGCCUUCAUGGAACAUUAAUUUGAUGGUGUCCUUUUUUCCCCAAUCCAUUGAAAGGAGCCCAAACAAAAAUCCGCUUUUGAAAUAAUAGAUUUUCUUUUUACUUUAUCCUCGCGACAGGUGUGUAACAAAUAAAUUUGUUGCAACAACCAUGAGCUGUCAGUUUUUGCAAUGGCUUACAAUUAUCGCUUCUAUUUACAAAAUCGCAAUUCAACUCACUGCUCCGCUCUCAUGUUAUGGUUAUUACACAAUUUUCUGUGUUAACUUUGUACCAAUCUACCUUUCCCUCUUCGUGUUCUUAUCUAGACUGUUUAUGGAUUCAAAAAUAUUUAAAAUAUGUAGUCCAAUAGACCUUUUUACCGAUACGGCAGCCAUAUUGAAUUAAUUCAAUUAAAGGAGUGUUAUAGUAUGCCCAGGGUGCAUGAGCAUAUUUUGUUUGUAUUUUCAAGCGCUUUUAGGGACAUUUUUUCUUAAAGUUUUCUUAGAAUAAGAUUGUAUUGGGAAAAAAGAUCCUUGUGCCAUGUUUGGAUGUAAUAAUGAUCGCCUUUUCUAGUUUAGUAUUACAAAUAUGGUCUUUCACUGUAUAUUUCUCAGCAAAAAGGCGAUCAUUAUUACAUCCAAACACGGCACAAGGAUCUUUUUUCCCAUUAGAAUCUUAUUCUAAGAAAACUUUAAGAAAAAAUGUCCCGAAAAGCGCUCUAAAAUACAAACGAAAUGUGCUCAUGCCCCCUGGGCAUCCUAUAAUACUCCUUAAAUCGAAUUAAUUCAAUAUGGCCGCCGUAUCGGUAAAAAGGUCUAUUAAAAGACCACCAUGCUUGGCCAGACAAGCAUUCCUAAGAUAUCGAAGAAAUCAACACUGUUGACAAGUAAGGCACUUCGAAUACAUGCUAACUGACACGUGGCAUAAGGUUAGAAUGUCAUGUGCAAGGCGAAAGAAUGCAGGUCAAGUUUCAUGGAUGUUCAUUUCAAAAUGCUUAGCUCUGGGACUUUUUUAAGUUGUCAAUUUAGCAUGUUUUUCAAUGGAAAACUAAAAAAGCAAUAGUAAUCAAAUCAGCUAGAAUAAAUGUUCUUCAUAUGUCAGUAGAAAUGAUUACCAUUUUUGUUUCUAUACAAACGGCUAUUCUUCAUGGUCACCAACUUGGCGACUAUUUUCCAAAUCAGUUCCAAAAUUUUAAGCACCAUGGUGACUAAAAUGGUUGCAACUUGGAGGGUUGUUAAUUAUUUUAAUACCUGGCUGAACUUAUUUCAGGUAGUUGUUUGGUGGUCAGUAAGUCACAGCGAAGAAGCAUGGCCUUGGUCUCCAAUGACAGGCGAGAAAGACAGGGCAAAUAUGGUCAUCUUUGGUUUGAAUGGGUAACAAGAUAUCAUUACAUCUACAUUUGUACUACAGUGGAAAAAGAUCAGAGAGAUAGUGAAUUUGUUUCUUUCCAAACUAACCAAUGAAGUACUCUUGUGUGUUUUUUUUUUACAAAGCUUUAGAGAAAAAUGAGUUAAAAGUUGCUAUAUUCUUUUGACAAUUAUUUUGUAUGAGCUGUCAUAGAGAAUGGAUUUGAUAAGGGACACUUUCUCACAGACUACAAAAUAUUUUAUAAUUAUAAUGAAUUAAUUGAUUAUUCAUUCAAAAUAUUUCCCCAAUUCUGAUUGGCUAAAAGCACACGCAUAAUUCACCAUAACAGGUUACUUAUGACCAAAUUUGGAAGAAUUUUGUGUUUAACGAGGAUAUGACGUCAAAAAUGCAGCCUUCUACAGGUUAAUGCAGCAUUAACCGGGAAGACCUGGGGACCAGAUCGAGUUGUUUUCGUUGUAAAAACUAAAAUGGCGGACGCUUCACUCGUUUCAAGAGUAAGAACCACAGCUGGAACUAGGCAAAAUAAUGGCUAAAAACAUAGCAAAAACUGCAAGAAGACAACUCAGAGGGCGACAUCUGCUAUUUGGAGAAUAUUUGGGGAGCUGGACAAACCUAAACGUAAACUAUCGAAGAUAAACUUAACAUCGAUGCAGGUAAGCUUGUUUUAGCUAUGUUUUUAAACUAGGAAUAAUUUUGAAUGAAUAAUAAAACAAUUAUUGAAUUCGGCUUUUGUAUCUUAUGAAGAAUUAUGGAGAUCUCAGAGGGUGUUAUCCGUGAUAACACCCUCCUCGAUCGCCGUAAUUCUUCAUAAGAUACUCAGCCUUAAUCAUUAAUUGUUAAAUAACCCAUCAAACAAAGCCUUCCUUGUUUACCGUUGACUCUUAGCCUGCAAAAACACAGACAUAAUUCCAGUCAUCACUUCAUCCAAAACUUUCGGGUGGAGAGAAGCGACCACCAGGAGUAUGUCUCCGUUCGCUGGGUCAUAUAGCUUAAGCCAUGUUAAUCCAUUUUACUGCUGUCUCAGGGUUGUACGAUUCUGCCCUUUGCCCAUUUGACGUGUACUUUUGUAACAAAAUUGAGAUGAGACACUGAUAAUUGUAUCCACAAGUCCGUAAUAGGAAGAGUCUUGGGAAGCAAUUAUGCAAGGUGCCUUCGAUUUUCACAUGGCAAGAGUUUUUGGUACUCCUGAUACAAUACUCUCUUAACAAUAUAAUGAUCUUUUUGGUAUUAUUGUUUCCUAUAUUAUACAUAUCCAGCCAUGCAUAUCAGUCAUUGUUUUUUACCAUUUCCUUUUGAAUCAUUUUUUCCAGGCCAAAGUUGGAGUUACUUGGCUUUGUCAGAACAGAAUGCGAUCCCAUCCACGCUGCCUUCAGGUGUGUUAUGUGGUGUCUAAUCUCCAUGAAGUGGAUGUAGAUUUCUGCAGUAAGACAACUCUACGGUUGACUGAUAAUUGGUUGUACAUUAAUUUUAAGAGCAAUUUCUGCACUAUGUGUUGAAAAGGGGAAACAGUUGGUGUCAAACUGGUGGUUAUCUGGUGCUAAGUUAAGACAGGUGUCCAGAGAAAAGAGGGACUACACUGAAGUUAUAGCUAUUUUAGGACAGUCUAGUCCCACAGACUGAUAGCCUUUUCUUUGGUUCUCUUUUUCAGUUCACUAUAUAUUUAUGUCAAAAAGUGCCCUACAAAAGAGAUGUUUAUCAUAUACUGUGUUGCAACACAUCAUGACUGUUUGUCAUUUCUAAAAAGUACCCUCUCUAGCUGGGUUUUCAACAGUUUUUUAAAGUAGUGGACAUAUUUCUCAAAGUACCAGAGGCCAAAUUUUUUUGGCACUGAAGGGCGCCUUGUGAGCACCAAAGGUGCAAGUUACAUAGGGGAGUCUGGGGGCAGGCCCCCCAGGACAUUUUUGAAAUAGCACACUCAGGAACACUGUUUCCAGCAUUUCUGGAACCCAGGAAUCAGUUUCCCAGGCGAGGCUCGAGUUUUCUCCAAUUCUCUUUAAAAAGGACAAUUUUUAAUGAAACUGGGCAGUUGGUAGAGGAAUGGGAAGGGGGAAUGGCAACAACAGAAUUUUCAGUUGUUUAUCGUGGCAAUUUUUUUUUUCAAAAAAGAUGAUGAGGUACAAUAACUGAGGUUGUAAUCUUUGUCACUUCAAUUUCAUUUAAAUGAAAAGGGAAAACAAUCAAGCAGCAAAGAAACUUAGGUACUUGCAUAUUCUGUUAUCCUCUAGUCAGUAAUUUCAUGAGUUGCUUCAGUAAAAAAAUGAUAAUAAAAAAAUUUAAAAAACCCUCAAAUAUUGGCAUCAAAGUAACAAAUAUACAAUGGCAAACAACCAGAUGAAAUGUGCAGCCUCUGGCCUCAAAAACUCUCCUCUAAAGAGAACGUCGUGUCAACAUGUAAGGUUCACUAAGAAAAUUAUCUUUCUCAUCGCUGAGAAAGUUUGAUCUAAAAUACUGGGCCCAGUUGUUCGAAGGCCAAUUAGCGCUUAACCUGGGGUUCAAUUUAAUCCAGUAUUCUUUUCCGUGUGUUCAAAAGUAUUUUCUCGGAUAAUUUUCUGUGCUAUUUUUAGAGCUCCAUGCAAUCAUCAACUUGUAGACAAAAAGAUCUAAAACUUAAAUGCCUUUUAAGCUUUCAAAACUGAUCCAAAUCUCGCACUAACCCUGGGUUAUCUUAAUCCAGCUUUGAACAACUCGGCAGUGGAAUAUAGCUGGUGCUCAGAACAGGCCAAAUGGGAUUUCAAUCCAGUAAAGAGAGCUGUGUGUAGCGUAUAAAUUGAAAACAUUCUCUGGUGCUUUGAAAAGUUGUAAAUAACCAGCAGUGUAUCUGAAAUCUUUCAUCAGUUUUAAUCAACCACACCAUGUGCACACAUUGGAGCAGUCAUCAGCAGGUGGUGGUGAUUCUAGUGUGGACAGUUGUAUUUAUGAAUACACAGGCACUAAGGUUAGUUCAUCUAAACCCUCUGCAACAAACAAAUAAUUUAUCAACAACAAUACUUCUAUUUGAAGAUCAAGUCAUUUUUUAUAUGCUACAAUAUGUUUACAAUUCUACGGACCAGCAGAUAGCUAAGCUAAUCAAGGCAGGUCAGUCUCACAAGUUCUAAUAUUACAGUAUUUGAAAAGGGUUUGAAAAAGAGAGAUUAACAAAGUAAUGGUUUUGCAAAGGAGAGAAACAAUGUCAUGUAAUGGUUCCUGUCUUACUUGCUUAGUUUUCUCUGCAAUCAUAAUUUGCUUCAUAAGCUUCAACAUCAUAACAAAAUUCUAGAGUUGGCAGAGCUGUUUCAAUGUGACUGCUCAGCUCAAAUGCACAUAUCUUCAAUAUUAAUAUUUUGUUAUUUGCAUUACUUUAACUAUUAUGUAUGGUGACCCACAAAUGUCACAGCAAAACCUCACGGCAAACACACAAUACCUCACGGCAAAACCAAAAACCUCACAGCAAGAACAAAAUACCUCACAGCAAAACCAAAAACCUCACGGCAAAAACAAAAACCUCAUGGCAACCAAAAGCCUCACGGCAAAACCAAAUACCUCACGGCAAAAGCAAAUAUCCAUGGCAAAACCAAAGCUAAUUUUACUUUUGCUGUGAAGUAUUUGGUUUUGCCGUGAGGUUUUUGGUUUCGCCGUGUGGUUUUUGGUUUUGUCGUGACAGUUGUGGGCCACCAUAAUUAUGGUUAUUGUGAUAGCUACCCUAGGGAGCUAUUUCUAGGUUUGCUGUCUUUACCCUGUGCAUUUACUAAUAUAAUGUUGCAAUGGUUGCUAUGAAUGCUUCAAGAGUAUUUCUGUUGCAAUGAUUGUUGACAUGAGUUGCCCUCAUCAGUUUUAUAUUUUAUUUAAUAUGGAGGUAAAAUUUGAUAAUUUAAGUAAUGUUUAUAACAUAAACAGCAGUGAUUUAUCACUAGUUAAAAAUUCGAGGGCGAAGAAACGUCAAAAGCAUCCCAGGAGUAUUCCAUGUCAGUAGGAUUGCAAAAUAAUGCAUUUUUUUCUUGCUAAAACAAGUUGAUUGAGAAGAGUUUAACAAAAGAUCCAGAAAUAAAAAUGGGCAGAAAUAUUUCUGCAGAUGCAUUAUGCAACUGAAGUAAACAGUUUCAGUGUGCAUCUUCUUAUCAUAAAAAUAAUAAGCAUCAGUACUUUCACUUAAUUUCUAGGAGUACAUGUAGUUGUCUUGAGUUUGUAAGCUUUAUACUUUUAUAUUUUUCUCAAUGAUCUAAAUUGCUCCUGCAAAAAAAGACUCUUUCUAAAUAUGCAGACAACUCUAUAUUUAUGAUAGUUUCUUGUGUAAGUAGUAACUGUAAACUGUCUGCCUUCCUGUCUACAGGGCGUCUUGAACCUUAUCCGAGUAUCCCAAACUUUUUAGGUAUAAUGUUAUAAGCAUUGUUUUAUAAUUUUUAUCCUAUCUCCAUCAAGGACUCACCUCUUAAAUAGCCAUACAUUCCUUUAAAAAAGGACCGUUUAUAAAGUCUCCACAAAAGACAAUGUGCCUACCUUGUGGUGAACAAUGAGCAUUUUAUGUCUACCAUCAUAAAUAGUUUUAAAUUUGUUAUUGUCAUGGUAUUAGUGUAUGUGCAGUAAAUAAUUGUCUGGGUAACCAUAGUCCUGAAUAGAAUAGCAAUUAUUACAGACCUGCAUGUUGAUGGUCACUUAAGUAGUAAUUUUUUAGUUUGUUAUAUAAUUUUGUAAUUCUAUAUUUUAAAACCUUUAGAUUGAAAGGGUAGCUGUUACGACUAUCCCAGUAAAAGGUAUGUUACAGUAUAUCUACAUUUAUCCUAUAACUCAUUUGCAAUAAGUUUUCAGUUAUGUCAGGUAGACUUUUCUUUUAGUUUUUCGUAAAGUAGAAACCCACAACAGAUCAGAGUAAGGUUAUGUAAAGCUGCCCACAUACCCCAUCCCUAACCCAACAUUUACACUAAUCCCUUACUUGGGGCAAAAUGUUGGGUUAGGGAAGGGAUAGCAGGGCAAUUUUCAAACACAUUAUACUGAUCCCAUUCAUGCAUUUUUGAACAACUGAGAUAUGAGUACUGAUUAAGAAACUGUUCAGCAUUAGUGCAGGUGGUUCCAGGUUUGAAUCUCAGCCAAGGUUUUCUUUCCCUUUUUUGGCCGUUAUUUGUUUUUGUAUUUUAACUACCAUGUUUGUUUACUUAUUGGUUUGUUUCCCCUUGUCCCAUGAACAGCAUUGCUAGAAUACUUCUCUUACACAAAGUUUGCUCUUGUCUUCCUCUUCAUUAUCUAUUAGGAAGGUAAUUUGUUGAUAAUCAGCAAGGGGCUUGUCAUUCAAUGAGCAUCGUCUCUUAGCACUAACUUAUAUAAGCACUGUCCUGUUAAGUGGUUAUUUCAUCCAUUUGUCCCCGGAAAUUUUGCCGAAUUGAAGCUAGUCGAGCAGUUUUCUGGUCACUGUUGUGCUAUAAAGAGUUAGAGCUUACCAUAAAGCCAUUUACAAAUCGUAUACUUCACGGCCUCCUGAUCCAGAUGUAAAAUAUUACCUUGCAAACUUUGGGCAUUCACAGAAAGCAAAACUUAUAGAUAGCUUUUGGGUUUAAAAGUGGCCCAGUAGUCUGGACUUUUACUUUUCACUUUCUCUCCUCCCCUCUUUUUUUCGCUUUUCUUGCCUCAUUUUUUUUUCUGUUUCUGGGCAUUUAGUAGGCUUCAAUUUCGUGGGAACAGUGGUGUGGGUUUUUUUUACAUGCCACGAGAACCAGAUAAGUGAAAAUACUGUGAGGUGGACCCUACGGUUUUUCGCCCUUAUCCGAGAAGACUAGAAAGCCCUUAACAAAAUUUCUAUCCUGUAAGAGCUCUGUAGCAUCACUGGAACAGGGUUGUAAAACUAACCUGUAACAACCCUGUUACAGCUCGUCAUUUGGCACAGUUAGCAAGGCUGUUUCUACACUGUAGCAGCCUUGGAACAGCCCUGUCACGUUUAACGCAAAAUUUCUUAGUAGACACCCUGUAACAGCCAUGUUACAACCCUGUUUCCACCCUGUGGUGGACAUCCCUGCCACAGCUCGUGAAUUGGCACAGUUAGCAAGGCUGUUUUUACACUGUGGCAUUCCCUUAGCAGCCUUGGUACAGGUUUUAUGCAUCACAACCCUGUUACAACUUGUUAAUUGGCAGUUAACAGGGCUGUUUUUUUACCAGGUGCCAAUGUUGUGACACUUCCUCUCACAAAAUCUACACUUUAGACAGGCUAGCUGUUUAACUUCUACACAUUAGGAUUAUAAUACUAUCAGAACAUAAUUUUUUAUAACUUCAUAUCUGUGACCCUCUUUGGGAAAACGGACACUAACGCUUUUCCGUUAAACCGUCAAGAAAAACGGUUCUAAACGGAUAGUAAACGGUUAACUCAAGCGUUUAAACGGUUUCCAUAACUCUUUAAACGGAUAGCAAAAAAUUUAAACGGUUGCCCGAAGUCCAAAAACGGAUAGCUUGAAGCGUUAAACGGUUGACCAAAAAUAUAAACGGUUAGCUCGAAACGUUAAACGGUUGACCAAACUCCAAAAACGGAUAGCUUAAACCGUUAAACGGUUGACCUAAGUCCACAAACGGACAGCUGGAAACGUUUGAAAACGGAUGAGUCGGCAAGAUCGUUCCAGGAAAAACAGUUACUUAGAACGCUAAACGGAUAGUAAACAUGGAGCAUAAUAACUUGAAGUCUCUUGGUCAAAUGUAACCGGAAUACCGUCCGAAAAGCCGUAUCUGAUGAACUUUAUUCAUUUNCACUUUAAGAUUGUGCUCUUCUGUAUUAGAAGUAGCAUCAACAAAAACCAUCUCACCAGACUGCUGCACUUCCUUGUGUACACGGUUCAUGAGAGGCGUUACAAUAGCAAUUAUAAGAGGCGUAUCAUCACCUUCAUACAUCUGGUAACAAGUAGUAGCUUCAGGGUUGUCUUUCUUGUAUUGUUGAAGCCUUUCGGAAAGUCUUUCAAACAUCAUAACGCCCUGUCCACCAUACCUAUCCUUACCAAAUUGCGUGUAGAGGUAACUAAAGUCCCUUUUUCUCGGCAUAACUGCCCGAUUGGCCUUUUUCCUGUGAAAUUCCAAUUCAUCCUGACAUGAUUCUUUGAGUUCUUUCAAGUACUGUUGCCUUGCGGUUGCUGGUGUAUGCCCACUUUCAAACAACUUCAAAACCCUUUCUGUGCACUCAGGAGAAAGGUCACGGAAAUUAGAGGCCUCCAGAGUUUCAAGUGAAUGGUUGUGUUCCCACUCUAUGUCCACAGAACAACAUCCCUCGCUGUCUAUUUUGACUAUCAUCUGAAAGGGGCAAUUGGUGUUCUUUACUCUGGCAGAUGGGUUCAAGUACAAUUUCUGCUGUGGAUCUUUACUUGGACUCCAGUUGCGAGUGUUGUGUUGGCAUCUAUAGUAGUUUUGCAACACAUAGCCGCUUGUUGGUGCCUUCUUUGUCUUUAACUUCACUGAGAUGCUGUUUAUCACUUCAUAUUCGGAUAUCCACUGCUCCAGGUUUUCUUUCGUUAUAUCUUCGGUCAAAAAGUGCACUUUGAACUUUUCUCCAUUUCCUGAAAUUGCCUUCAGGUAGUAAAAUGAAUCAUCUGGAAGCGAAGCCAGAAAACUCUCCUUUGUAAUUUCGGUCGAUUCAAAAGAUUUACUUUUCGAUUCGACUUCUUUUAUAGCUGAAGAUAUUAGAUCUUUGAGAAAAUUGUCGGGUUUGUCCGCCAUUUUGAUUUGAUAAAAAUCGCGAUGGUUUGUAGGAAAGCUAGUCACGCAUUGCUCUGAUUGUCACGCAUGUCGUCGGAGAGAGUCGGAAAUAUCGGUUCCUUCUUGGCAUCGACCUUUACGAUGGCAUCGACCGUCAUGAGAAAUGGCAUCGACCGUUUCAAAUGGCAACGACCGUUCUGAGAAAUGGCAUCGACCGUUUCAAAUGGCAACGACCGUUUACGAAAGGGAAAUUUGCGUCGCCGCACUCUCCUUUGAACGAAUGGCUUCAUCGGCUCUCGAUGCAAUACGUUUUAACUUAUUUAAAUUUUUAGCCGUUUCUCCAAGGAUACGACGAUUACUCGCCUUCUCAAAACAAGGAUAAGUUAGAACUAAAAAUACGUAAAAAAUACUUUACAGUUGUUCGGCAGUUCACGUAUCGGCGAGUAUCGAGCGACCAUGCUUCAUAGUUCUGCUCGCAGUUCUUAAACGCUGCUUGCUUUCCUCUUAAACGGAUAAGCAAACCGUUUAAACGUUUUCGCUAGAGCGUUAAACGGAUGAGCAAACCGUUUAAACGUUUUCACGAAUGCAUGAAACGGAUGCAAUUUUUUUUUAAACGGAUAAGCAAACCGUUUAAACGUUUUCGUUAAAGCAUUAAACGGAUGCAACUUUUUUUUAAACGGAUAAGCAAACCGUUUAAACGCUUGCAUGAACCUAGUAAACGGAUUUAAACGGAUAGUAAACGGUUUCACCAUUUAAACGGAAAAGCGUUAGUGUCCGUUUUCCCAAAGAGGGUCACAUCUAUUAAAGAUGAAAAUUUAGCUUUUUAGGCAUAUUUGAACUCAUGAAAAAGGAACGAUUUGCCCCAUAAAAAGCUUCAAAGUUAAACCACUAACGGCUGGUUUAGUCCGUUUAGUCACUUAAGUAGCAAAAGCCAUGCAAACAACAAACAUUCACUUUCAAUAAAGGAAAACAGAAAAUAAUUAUAGUCAAUUAAGAACUUAACGUUACUUUAUUUUUCACGAUCACAUGUUACAAUGUGUAAAAAUAUAAACAAAACAAAAUUUGAACUGCAUGCAAAAGUCUGAUCUGGCUUGUUAAACACUUGGUCAUAGUCGCUCGAUUUAAUGUACAACUAGCACGUAAAAAUGCCGACUUUACAAUAACCGAGGUCAAAAAACAAAAAAACGAUUUUUGUCAGCAAUUAUAAGAGAUGAUCGAAACGCGGAAUAGUUCCAUUGUACCAACGGUUUCGAGGUUGGCAGUUUAUAAUAAUUCUUUUUGGUUCGUUGUAACAAGCUUAAUUGAAAUCGCUCACCUCGAUCGUCUUUCCUUUAUGAUCCACAAUGUGAUACAUUUCCUCAUGAAAAGAGCCAAUCCAUUGGUGUUUCAGUUGUUGCUGAAUUGUUCAAUGGUGUACUAAAUGAACUUGCAGGGCAAACAAUCUUUGAAUCUUGCAAGUGCCGCGGAAUGUUUUCUGUCCACUAGAUCGAUCUGCUUCCCAUUCGUUAAGAGCUGCUUAAAGCACAGUUAUUUUUUUGCUGAUACUUUUUCACUCUCUGCUUCAAAAGCAGCAAAAAACGCUCUACAGACUUUUUGAAUCCAAACUGGAUGCAGAAAACGUCUGAAUAUCUUCGCCUUUCAUUCAAAAUGAUCGCGAGUAGUUUCAGGAAUGGAGAUGUGUAAUGCGAUCUUCUGGUAAAAGUGCUGACCAAUAAGAUUAAGAUUUCUCCAAGGAAUUACCGAUUGCGUGUCCAUCACGUAAUGAAAAUAUUGAAGGCCUCUCGAUCUCCAAGCUUGCAGAGAUCUCUCACGCAGGAAAACAAAUUAAAGUGAUCUGAAAGUCUUUCAUUUUUAGUACAUUGCUGUAAAAAAGUAAUUAAGCUACUGCGGUGUUUUUUUUAUUUAAAAGAACAGGAAGAACAGGAGCUGAUGAAAUAGGUGUUUGUAAAAAUGGUAAGCUGAUCAUUUUCAGCAAGUUCUUUUUCGUCUUAUUUGUUUUAACGAUCUAGCCGACCCUCGCUUCUUUUAACACUUUUAGACUUUCAAAAAUACUGCCAUCUUUCAUGAUUUAUAGAGUUGACCUUACUUGGCUACACUACUGUGCUUGUGAUCUCACAGCAGGGGCGUAGCUGGGGGGGGGGGUCCUGGGGUGCCCGUGCCCCCUCCUAGGUAGGCCUUCUUUUGAGCAAACAACCUACAAUAUUCAGGUAGCGAAAACGCCAUGACAAUAUCUUGGCCGUAAAAGCCAUUGUUGCAAAGCCCACUUUUUCAAAAUUUGUUUUUUUGUGAAGUAUUUUCGUCAACGGCUCUUGUGUUUAGUUAAUAUGGGUGUGGAGGUCGACAUGACCAUCUGGUGAGUAGCCUCUGUGACCCCCCCUUUGAACAAUCCUGGCUACGCCCCUGCACAGCUCUGCAGUAACCUGGUUACUGUCAAAUGUACCUAACACAGCCGUGAUUCUGCAUCCCUGUGCUAGUUCUUCUGCAUUACUAGGUAGCCCUGUCUUAACCCUGUUACGGUAACUGGAUAUUUUCACAGCCAUGUAACAGGCUUGUUACACUUAACUAUGUACACUUUUACAGCCCUUUCACAGCUCCACUUGUUUUAACUCAGGUAAGUUGCAGCUUUGUCACAGCCCUGUUACAGCCAGUUUACAGCCCUGAAAGAACGUAAACAGGGCUGGAAACAGGAUUUUACGGGGCUCUCACAGGGUUUUUGCAGGGUAGAAUUUUUUCUAAGGGAGUCUAACUGUUCGCAGAUGUCAUUACAAAGGCAGCACUGUACUUUCUCCUUUGUGCAGUUAUUUUAAAGACCCUGAGUGUUGGUCCGACUGGGCUUUGAACUCAUGACCACUUGCUCAGCAGACGGGUGCUCUCCCAACUGAGCUAACUAGGUGGUGGUAAAAAUAUGUCACUAUGUUAUAACUCAACUCGCUGCUUUCUUGAGUUAAUUAAAAUCACCAUCCCUAUGUUUGCACCACUUUGUGUACUUUUCUGUUAAAUUUUAAAACACAAUUUCAUGCACCUUAAUUUACUGAGAUCAAAUCAAUGAGCUUAUCAAUAUUUCUAAGUUUAAUGUAAUGUCUUAAUUUCUUGUAGUCAUCCUCAUUCUCACAAACCAAGCAAUCAUGAGCCAGAUAAAUAUAACAUCAACUUUCGCUACACACAACGGGACAGACAACAAACAGUACAUCAGUUAGCAAAAAUGUGAUCCUCUACAGGAUUUCCAGCAUAACGGUGACGAAACAGAAACGCUUGCGAUAACAUAGCAUGCUAAGCGUGACAUCUGACAUGCACAUGUGCAUAUUUAAUAAGCAAACAAGUGUCAUGGUAGCUUUUGUUUUGCAUGUCUUAACAUGCUUAAUCUUUUAUUUCCAGCAGCGUGUUAAAUGACUCGCUUCAUAGCAUAUUAAAGUCAUGUGAUCUGCCAUGGUAGCACAAAGAGAAUUAUUCGGCAACUAAAGAGGUUAAGCAAAAAAGCCUUAUAAAAGUUACUUGAACACUGAAUGAUCGUGAAAAAAGUGCCUGAUGUAAAAAGUUCUUCUUAGCACAAAGAUUACAAUAGCCAGUUCCAGGCAUUCAGAUAGUAGAGCACUGCGGUCAGAUUGUGGCGAGCAAGUUAAAUUCAGGGGUCCUGCCCAGAUUUCUGUCCCAAGAUUCGCAGCCACAUUUCCUGCUAAGAUUCUUGCCAAGAUUUCUGGCGAGAUUCUUACCAAGAUUCUGGCCAAGAUUCUUACUAAGAUUCCUGCCAAGAUUCUUGCCAAGAUCCCUGCCAAGAUUUUUGCCAAGAUUUUUGCCCAAGAUUCUUGCCAAGAUUCUUACCAAGAUUAAAGCCAAGAUUCUUACUAAGAUUCCUGCCAAGAUUCUUGCCAAGAUCCCUGCCAAGAUUUUUGCCAAGAUUUUUGCCCAAGAUUCUUGCCAAGAUUCUUACCAAGAUUAAAGCCAAGAUUCUUGCCAAGAUUCUUACCAAGAUUCUUGCCAAGAUUCCUGCCAAGGUUCUUGCCAAGAUUCAUGCCAAGAUUUUUGCCAAGAUCCAUGCCAUGAUUCUUGCCAAUAUUCUUGCCAAGAUUCUUGCAAAGAUUCCUACCAGGAUUUUUACCAAGAUUCAUGCCAAUAUUUUUGCCCUAAAUUCUUGCCAAGAUUCUUACCAAGAUUAAAGCCAAGAUUCUUGCCAAGAUUCUUACCAAGAUUCAUGCCAAGAUUCUUGCCAAGAUUCUUGCAAAGAUUCCUGCCAAGGUUCUUGCUAAGGUUCUUGCCAAGAUUCCUGCAGAAAUUCUUACCAAGAUCUAUGGCAAGAUUCAUACCAAGAUUCCUGCUAAGAUUCUCACCAAGAUUCCUGCCAAGAUUCUCGCCAAGAUUCCUGCCAAGAUUAUUGCCAAGGUUGUUACCACGUUUCCUGUCAAGAUUCCUGCCAAGAUUCUUGCCAAAAUUCCUGCUAAGAUUCUUGCCAAGAUCUAUGGCAAGAUUCUUACCAAGAUUCAUGCCAAUUAAAAUUCCUGCCAAUAUUCUUGCCAAGAUUCCUGCCAAGGUUCUUGCCAAGAUUCAUGCCAAGAUUUUUGCCAAGAUCCAUGCCAAGAUUCUUGCCAAUAUUUUUGCCAAGAUUCUUGCAAAGAUUCUUGCCAAGGUUCUUGCCAUGAUUCAUGCCAAGAUUUUUGCCAAGAUCCAUGCCAAGAUUCUUGCCAAUAUUCUUGCCAAGAUUCUUGCAAAGGUUCCUACCAGGAUUUUUACCAAGAUUCAUGCCAAGAUUCUUGCCAAAAUUCUUGCCAAGAUUCUUGCCACUAUUCCUGCCAAGGUCCUUGCCAAGAUUCAUGCCAAGAUUUUUGUGAAGAUCCAUGCCAAGAUUCUUGCAAAGAUUCCUGCCAAGGUUCUUGCUAAGGUUCUUUCCAAGAUUCCUGCAGAGAUUCUUACCAAGAUCUAUGGCAAGAUUCAUACCAAGAUUCCUGCUAAGAUUCUCGCCAAGAUUCCUGCCAAGAUUCUGGCCAAGAUUCCUGCCAAGAUUCUUGCCAAGAUUCAUGCCAAGAUUUUUGCCAAGAUUCCUGCCAAGAUUCUCGCCAAGAUUCCUGCCAAGAUUAUUGCCAAGUUUCCUGUCAAGAUUAAUGCCAAGAUUCCUGUCGAGAUUCUUGCCAAUAUUCUUACCAAGAUUCUUACCAAGAUUCAUGCUAAUUAAAAUUCCUGCCAAGAUUCUUGCCAAGAUUCAUGCCACAAUUUUUGCCAAGAUCCAUGCCAAGAUUUUUGCCGAGAUUCUUCCCAAUAUUCUUACCAAGAUUCUUGCCAAAAUUCCUGCCAAGAUUCUUACCAAGAUUCAUGCCAAUUAAAAUUCCUGCCAAGAUUCUUGCAAAUAUUCCUGUUAAGGUGCUUGCCAAUAUUCUUGCCAAGAUUCUUGCAAAGAUUCCUACCAAGAUUCUUACCAAGAUUCUUGCCAAUAUUCUUGCAUAUAUUCUUGCCAAAAUUUCUUACCAAGAUUCUUGCCAAGAUCUAUGGCAAGAUUCAUACCAAGAUUGUUACCGAGAUUCCUACCAAGAUUCUUGCCAAGAUCUAGCAAGAUUCCUGCCAAGAUUCAUGCCAAGAUUGUUGCCAAGAUUCCUGUCAAGACAUUUAGCACCAGGAGCUUCUUUGGCAUUUUCUGGGUCUUCCCUUUCUAGGCCUUCGUUUUCUAGGACUUCAUUUUUGUAGGUCUAGAAAACGAAGACCUGGGUCAAAAUUGUGGAUAAUUGACAACCGUGUUGUUUCUUACACUCCUGUAGUGUUUAGAAGUACUCAGAUUUUGAAAAAGAUAUCUCGACAUAAUUUGUAAGUUUACAAGAUUCAAGCAAAGAUGUGUUAGGAUUUUAGUCAUAAUCAAGACGAACGCAGCAUAACCUUACCUUGGAAAUCCUUCAUGACAAGUAAUGUGGUGAAGACCCCCUGCAUUGAGGAAAGUGAAACCAAUGUCUAAGUCUCCUUGGUGGAAUAUUGGAACCAUAAGGAGGGUAGGGUGAGCUGCGUUCACCAAAACAUAUUCACGAUGAAACUGACUGAUAUCACAUUUAACUCCGACUUUUGCAAUAAUCAUUCACAUCCCCCAUGUCCCUGUGUUUGACGUCCCCGCAUCCAAAAUUUGCAGUCAAAUUCCCUGCCCACGGGCAAAUCAUUCCAGUCAAAUACAACCAAAUUUCCCCACCCUGGGCUGCACAUUCCUGUUAAAUAUCGCAAGGCUAGACCCAAGGAAAGCACAACAAAAAUAUCUCCAAAUAAAACUCUGCAAUCUUUAUUAAUAUUAUGUUGCUGCAUCAACAAAGAUACAUGUUCCUGUUGCAGCUGCAAUUAUAUGUUUUAACCAUAAUCCGUGUUACACUGCGUAGAAUACAAAAACCUUUAGGAGAAAGUCCACAUUUUGUACGUUUAAAUUUACCGUUCUUAGUAAAGGGUACAAAGAGAGUCAGUUUUAUAAGCUUGCCAAGAUUCCUGCCAAGAUUCUUGCCAAGAUCUGUGGCAAGAUUUAUACCAAGAUUCCUGCCAAGAUUAUUGCCAAGAUUGUUACCAAGGAGAUUCCUGCCAAGAUUCUUACCAAGAUCUAUGGCAAGAUUCCUGCCAAGAUUCUUACCAAGAUCUAUGGCAAGAUUCCUGCCAAGAUUCAUGCCAAGAUUCUUGCCAAGAUCACAUUUAGCACCAGGAGCUUCUUUGGCGUUUUCUAGGUCUUCCCUGUGAAGACCUUGGUCAAAAUUUUGGAUAGUUGACAACCGUGUUGUUUCUUACACUCCUCUAGUGUUUAGAAGUAGUUAUAGGCAGUUUCAAAGCGGUUUCCAAGUGAGUUUAAGAGGGGUCUUCGUUUUCGAGGUCUUCGGUCUUCAGUCUUUGUUUUUCGAAUCUGGUCCCAUCCAGCUUUUGUCAGUUGGCAUCACACAAAUUAAAACAUGAUCUAGUAAGAUUCUUGACACUAGAUUCUUACAAGAUCACACAAGAUUCUUAACACAAGAUUCUUACAAGGUCUUGUAAGUUUCUUGACACAAGGUUCUAAUGCCAUAGGGUUGUUACAAGAUCUUGUGAGAAUUUGUUAUCUGAUUAUGCAUAAAACUGAUAUUGAAACCUUGACUGAGACUUUACUAUAUAUUUAAUAAUGUUUCAGUCACCUUUGCUGAUUACACCAAAGAAGUUAAGACUACUUGGGAUGGGAAUCUUCAUGACUAUACUGUUCUCAUCAUUGAUCAUUUGGAGAGAGUUAAUUCAGAUUAAAGAUCGUUUUAAUAAUUUUUUCAAUGAAUUGUUCAAGCUGCCAACUUUAAAUCUCUACUUGUUGUCCUUUAUUGGCCACCUUUGUGUGUUUGUUGAUAAUAUUGAUUCAUUUAUGCCACUCAUCUCAAUCUUUCAUUUUCUUACAAAACCUCUACUGAUUUGUGGUGACUUGUAUAUGACUAUUCAUGAUGAGUAUGGUUUAUAUCAUUAGAACCAAUACCUCACCUCAUUUUGUCUAUUUUAUGUCCAGCUGCCAUUGUCACACAGCAAAGAAAUCAUGCUGAAGACAAACUACUGCUGGGCUGUACAGAUGGUACAUUGGUAAGAUAUAUAACACCUGUCACCUGUGCAAUAUUUACUCCAGUUUGUUUUAUUAACUCAUAGAUAUUGAUAGCCUGCGAGCAAGCUCUCCGGGGCACUCUGGAGGUGGGGCGGGUAAAGGAAGGAGCAGCUUGCAACUACGUCUCUGGAAUUUGAAUAUCUGCAUCGAAAAAGUCGAUGUGAAAUGUUGAUUAGUAGGGAUGACAUUAGUAAUGACGUUAUGUGGAAUUCAAAUUCCAGAGAUGUAGUUGCAAGCUCUCCUUCCUUUCGCUGCUCCACUGCUGGAGUGCCCCAGAGAGCUUGCUUGCAGGCUGGGAUAUCGAUGGCAUAUCCAACAAGUUGCUGUCAGUAGGCACUGCAAUAUGCAAAUCAGUGUGUCACUCACUCACUCACUUAAUAGUGAUUAGUCUUGUGUUUGAAAGAGAGAUAUUGAUCGGGGCACUCUGGCGGUGGGGCAGGUAAAGGAAGGAGCAGCUUGCAACUACGUCUCUGGAAUUUGAAUAUCUGCAUCAAAAAAGUCGAUGCGAAAUGCUGAUUAGCAGAGAUGACAUUAGUAAUGACGUUAUUACCCUUGGCAUUGGCUUUUAAUGUUUGUAUACACUUGCAGUUGUUUCCACUUUGUGCUGUUUGGCGGAAAUGUGACAGCUCAGCCGUUGGGGAGUCAUAGGGGAAUUGGAAGUGGAAUUCAAAUUCCAGAGAUGUAGUUGCAAGCUCUCCUUCCUUUUCCUGCUCCACUGCCAGAGUGCCCUGGAGAGCUUGCUUGCAGGCUGGGAUAUCGAUGGCAUAUCCAACAAGUUGCUGUCAGUAGGCACUGCAAUAUGCAAAUCAGUGUGUCACUCACUCACUCACUCAAUAGUGAUUAGUCUUGUGUUUGAAAGAGAGCACCCAACAUCAGAAUGACAGUAAUAAUUGUAUGGAUCAAUUGUGUGGAUCAGAAGCAAUAACUUUAGUUACAAAAUAUCCAUGAAAAUCAUGCUUGCAAAGCUACUCGUUGUGGCAGUCACGUUAAGAUUUUUGUGGCAACUUCUAAUCAGUGCGUCCCAGUGGCAUGACCCAAUUUAAUUUUGAAAACAUAAUGCCAUGUAGCACAUAUAUAGGAUAUUAUUUUUCCUUGGAGAAAAUAAAUUUGAGAAAUAUCAUCAGACAACAAGAUAAUUUUUAAAGCAACGCACAUGUUCAGUGACAUGAGAUGUAAAAGAUCAUGUCACAAUUGCACACAAUUGGUAGUGUUGACAAGCACUGAAGUUCACAGCAGCUGCAAUUUUUCUUCGAUGUUUCAUUUCAGCUUUAAAUACCAGCAAUUUAUUUUGAUCAUCUUCUAUAACCAGACUUCUCUAUUUGCUAAAUGAUGUAUCCGCAAGUUUCCUGUAGUUUUUUCUUUGAUCCAAAAAUUGAAAAUGGUUAUCUUCUUUGCAGGAAGUUAGAACAACCACAAUAAUGGUGCUAGUUGAUAUCUUUCAAUGAUACUGAUGCUAUUUAAUGAAAUAAUAUAUUUCCAAAAUGUGUUGUUUCUCAUAGAUGCUGUACGAUGAUCAUAGGAGAGUUACACAGAUGACUAAGGCCUCUUUGGUAAUUAACUUCUCUGUAUCUAUUUAUUUGUUAACUAUUGUUUGCUUCAGCAACAGAAGAUAACAUAGUGCUCGACUUACAAACAGCAUUUUGUGUUUUAGUUUUGAUUCUUCUACACCACGUACUGUUAGUGACCAGAAAAUAUCUCAACUAGCUUCAAAAGGCAUUUUUUGGCGACAUUUUCAGGGCCGGAGCAAAUGGUUGAAAGUCCAUUUAGAAAAAUUAAUGACAAUGUUGUAGUUCAAAUGAAAUUCAAGUUAAAAUUGGGUCAUCAUAGUUUGAUCCUCUAUUUCUGUUUGCUCCAGUCCUUAUUAUUCAUGCAUGGUCCAUUAUGAAUAUGAAAAAACUGUUGUCAUUGUCUUUUGUCAUAUUCUUAAUCAUGAAUAAUUAGGGCUAGAAGUCAGUGGAAUCAACUCAGGUUGAAACCAUUUGAAUAUGAACUUCUACUAUUUACUGUUAACUGCAUGUUGUUCAGAUGCCAUCACUUAUUCAGUGGCACCCAGGGGAUGCUGUAGUGCUUGUUUGCAGUGCUGAGGGAGAUAUUCAGGUACUCUGUUAA